AUGGGAUUGAUAUCACGAUUAUUCUCCGCUACCUGGUUACUUCUAUUCUCCUUCCAAAUCGCGUUCACUUUCGGCUUACCUCAACUAUCAACAAUAGGUCUGGACCCUAUUCAACAGGUAUGUUAUUGA